UAUCUAUAUACUUGUACCAAAAUGGCGUCUCGUGAUGUGGAUGCAGACAGAAGGCUUCGUAAAACAAGCGUUGCCUGGAAUUACUUUACUCUUGUGGACGAUGAGAAGCGAAUCGCAGCUUGUAAUACUUGCGACUCUCAUAUGUCGUUUCGAUCUUCUAUUUCCAAUCUGAUGAAACAUUUGAAAAGGAAACAUGGGGACAUUGAAACCGCGGAGGCAAAGUUUGAGGAUGUCAAAGAUUCGGACUCUGAAGGAGAUGAGGCGAAAGUCAACCCCGAUGCGGCAAGCGACAAGCUCCAAUGCGGUCCCAUCCAGGAGCACUUCGAGAUCACAAAUGCCGAGAAAAAAAUAGCCACAUGCUCCGUGUGCCAAGUGCCGCUGUCCUAUAAGAGCUCCGUGACAGUUCUGCUGAAGCAUCUACGGAGGAAGCAUAAUAUUGAUGUCGGAGAUGUGGAGCUUUCUGAUGACGAGGACAAGAAACCAGACUCUCCGCCACCAAAUCUGCGCUCUGUCAUCUGGCCGUAUUUCCGCAUCACGGACCCGGCGUGCAAGGCGGCGCGUUGUCUGGUCUGUCGGAAACUCCUGUCGUACAACACCGGCACUUCUAACUUGAGGAAACAUCUGAUGAGGAAGCAUCCAUUGAUAAAUCUACCCGGACCCGGUGAAGAGAGAAAAACCAUAAUUCUAUCAUCCGGGGACCAACUGUAUGAGUAUGAAGUGGAAGCGGGCGAGGGUGAAAACAAAGGGGAUGAAAAUGAUGACAACGAUCAGAGUGAACCAGUAGCCAUCGACGAAGUAUUUCUAGACGAGUUCAACGGAAGCAUUAAUCGUAUACAAUCCGACAAAAAGUACAAAUCAAAGAAGAGGAAACAUAAAGAUAAAAAACCAAUCAUUCUAGAACAUUCCGACAGUGACGACGAUGUGAUAUUAAAAAAGCCUAAAGAAGAUAGUAUAGAUAUAUUCGGGAAAUACAUAGCUUCGUUGCUAAAGGAAUUACCGAAGCAGACUUCGAAUCGUUUGCAGAAAGAGUUUGUGAAGCAGAUAAUGAAUGCUCAGCUUGAGUCUCAGAACGGAUACUCAGUUGAGCAACAGAGUCAAUACUCGAUUACUAUAGCGGACGCGGGGGCGUCUGUGCCUGAAGAUGUGAGGUUUGAGGUUAUUACUACCAAACCUGAGGCUAAUAAAAUAAAUGAUUAAAAUA